AUGAAGAGGCCCCAGUGGGUGAUGGGUGAGCGGGGGCGGGGUGGAGGGACAGAUGGGGGACAGACAGUGGACGAUGUGGGACAACGGGCUCCCCCUCUCUCUCCCCGUCCCCAAAGCAUCUCCUCGGUCCUGCUGCUGUUCCUGCUGCCGCUGCUGGGCCCAGCGGGGCACACGGCCGCCCAGCGCUGCCCGCGGACCUGCGUCUGCGACAACUCCAGGCGGCAUGUGGCCUGCCGGCACCAGAACCUCACCGAGGUGCCCCACGCCAUCCCUGAGCUGACCCAGCGGCUGGACCUCCAGGGCAACCAGCUGAAGGUGAUCGCCCCCGCCGCCUUCCAGGCCCUGCCUCACCUGACCCACCUGGACCUGCGGCACUGCCAGGUGGAGCUGGUGGCCGAGGGCGCCUUCCGCGGCCUGGGCCGCCUGCUGGUCCUCAACCUGGCCUCCAACCGCCUGAGCGCGCUGCCCCAGGAGGCCCUGGACGGGCUGGGCUCGCUGCGGCGCCUGGAGCUGGAGCGGAACCUGCUGGAGGAGCUGCGGCCCGGGGCGUUCGGGGCGCUGGGCGCACUGGUCACCCUCAACCUGGCGCACAACGCCCUCGUCUACCUGCCCCCCAUGGCCUUCCAGGGGCUGCUGCGCACGCGCGGGCUGCAGCUGGCCCACAACGCGCUCAGCGUGCUGGCCCCCGAGGCCCUGGCCGGCCUGCCCGCCCUGCGCCGGCUCAGCCUGCACCACAACGAGCUGCAGGCCCUGCCCGGCGCCGCGCUGGCCCAGGCCCGCGGCCUGGCGCGCCUCGAGCUGGGCCACAACCCUUUCACCUACGCGGGCGAGGAGGACGGGCUGGCCCUGCCCGGCCUGCGGGAGCUGGCGCUGGACCACGGCGCCCUGCAGGCCCUGGACCCCCGGGCCUUCGCCCACUGCCCGCGCCUGCACACCCUGGACCUCCGCGGGAACCAGCUGGACACGCUGCCGCCGCUGCAGGGCCCGGGGCAGCUGCGCCGGCUGAGGCUGCAGGGGAACCCGCUGUGGUGCGGCUGCCGGGCCCGGCCGCUGCUCGAGUGGCUGGCGCGGGCGCGCGUGCGCUCCGAUGGCGCGUGCCGGGGGCCCCGGCGGCUGCGGGGCGAGGCCCUGGACGCCCUGCGGCCCUCCGACCUGCGCUGCCCCGGGGACCCGGCGGAGGACGAGGACGAGGACGAGGAGCUGGCGGCCGCGCGGCCCCGCGCCCCCCCGGGCCCCGCGGAGGAGGACGGCGCGGCCCAGCCCUGCCCGCGCGCCUGCGUGUGCGCCUCCGCGUCCCGGCACAGCGGCUGCGAGGGCCGAGGCCUGCAGGCCGUGCCCCGCGGCUUCCCCGGCGACACCCAGCUCCUGGACCUGAGGCGGAACCGCUUCCCGGCGCUGCCCCGCGCGGCCUUCCCGGGCCUGGGCCGGCUGGUGUCGCUGCACCUGCAGCACUGCGGCAUCGCGGCGCUGGAGGCGGGCGCCCUGGCCGGGCUGGGCAGCCUGCUCUACCUCUACCUCUCCGACAACCAGCUCUCGGGCCUGGGCGCCGCCGCGCUGGAGGGGGUGCCCCGCCUCGGCUACCUGUACCUGGAGCGCAACCGCUUCCUGCAGGUGCCGGGGCCCGCCCUGCGCGCCCUGCCGCGCCUCUUCUCCCUGCACCUGCAGGACAACGCGGUGGAGCGCCUGGCGCCCGGGGACCUGGCGGGCACGCAGGCCUUGCGCUGGCUCUACCUGAGCGGGAACCGCCUCACCCAGGUGUCCCCCGGCGCCCUGGGCCCCGCCCCGGAGCUGGAGAAGCUGCACCUGGACAGGAACCAGCUGCGAGAGGUGCCCACGGGGGCCCUGGAGGGGCUGCCUGCCCUCCGGGAGCUGCAGCUCUCGGGGAACCCGCUCGGGGCCCUGCGGGAUGGCGCCUUCCGGCCCGUGGGCGGGUCGCUGCAGCACCUCUUCCUGAACAGCAGUGGCCUGGAGCAGGUUUCUCCUGGGGCCUUCUCAGGCCUGGGGCCCCGGCUGCAGAGCCUACACCUGCAGAAGAACCAGCUGCAGGCCCUGCCCGCCCUGCCCGGUCUCAGCCAGCUGGAGCUGGUCGACCUCAGUGGCAAUCCCUUCCGCUGUGACUGCCAGCUGCUCCCACUCCACAGGUGGCUCACUGGGCUGAACCUGCGCGUGGGGGCCACCUGUGCCGCCCCUCCCAGUGCCCGUGGCCAGAGGGUGAAGGCUGCCGCUGCUGUCUUUGAAGCCUGCCCGAGCUGGGCGUCCAGGAAGGCCAAGCGGAUGCCCAGUGCCCGGAGAGCCCGCGUGGAGGGCAGACAGCGGGGAGCCGGCAAGGUUGGCAGGAGGCAAGACCGGCCACUUGGUAAAAUGUUCGAACCCAUCACACCACUCACCACCCAUCAGCCCCCCGACCCGGCGCUGAGGGGUGUGGAGGGUGGCUACUGGGAGGGAGAGCUUCGGGAACUGUAG